AGCUAGCUCUUCCUUUUUUUUUAUCUAUGUACUUUUUUUUCUCUCUUCUUCUGUUCAUUUGAAUACAGAUACAAUUCAAGAUAAUAAUAAUAAAAAAUGAACGACUGGGCUGGUCCGAUCAUAGCAACAGCACUAUUUGGAUUUCUAUCUCCAGGAUUAUUGUUUCAAAUGCCAGGGAAGAUUACGCCAGUUGAUUUCAUGAACAUGAAGACCAGUUGGAUUUCCAUAUUGGUUCAUGCUCUCCUCUUUGGUUUGAUCCUCAUUCUUGUACUUGUUAAUUUCAAUCUACAUCUAUAUGUUUAAAAUUAAAUUAAUUACUAGCUAGACUAGUUAGCCAAUACAGGCAGACUGUUUUAUCUAAUAUAAAUAAACAUGUUUCUUUCAGUGUUCUAUUAUUAAUAUUUUGUUACUACUGAGGAAGUUCAUCUUUAUUAGGAAGAAUAAUAAUUUAAAUAUAUAUAAACUGCAGAAGAUUCUUUUCAGUUAAAUAUGUUUGUAUUCAAUACUUCAAACCAGAGGCUUUAACCUCUCAUUUGUUAGACUACUCACGGAGCCUGCUGUGUAACUUAAAUACAUUCCAAUUUUG